UAAUGUAGCUACGAAACUCGAAGUAACGUGGUCGUUUCGGAGCACGUUCGGAGCGAAAUGUCCGUAAUACGAUAGUUCGUUCGUUUGUGUUUUCUUCGAAAUUUUUCUAAAUAAUUUGUAAACGUUAACAUUUUAUUAACAGCUAAUGAUGACGAACGAUGUAAAUGACAACAAUUUCGCUAAGUUAAAUGCAGUAUCUGAUUCAUCGAGGAUGGAAACGUGUAAAGCCGGGCCUGUAGUCCUGUAUUCAACCGCGCAAGCAUGGGCAACACAGUUUCAUCGUAGUCUUAUGCCUGCCAGGAUAUCGGAAUCGUCCGACGAAGAAGAUUUUUCACAGUAUCAGUUUGAAGAUGACUUGGAGUACCUUAGGUCAUUGGACCCAAAGGAGUGGAAAGAUCAAGAUCAUUAUGCAGUGCUAGGCUUGAAAAAGCUCAGGCACAGAGCAACCGAAGAUAUUAUAAAAAGGGCUUAUAAGCAGAAAAUUCUUAAACACCAUCCCGAUAAACGCAAGGCUAUGGGCGAGGAAAUCCGGGCGGACGACGAUUAUUUCACCUGCAUAACACGGGCCUGGGAGAUUUUGGGAAAUCCAAUGAAACGGCGGAGUUACGACAGCGUGGAUCCAUAUUUUAGCGACGAUUUGCCAGACGAGAAAGACUGUAAAAGUAAUUUCUACGUGGUAAUGGGUAAAGCGUUUAAAGAGAAUGCUAGAUGGUCUACGAAAAAGCCAGUACCGCGCUUGGGUGGACCGGACACACCUAGGGACAAAGUAGAAAAAUUUUAUUCGUUUUGGUACGAUUUUGAUUCGUGGCGCGAAUAUUCCUAUUUGGACGAGGAGGACAAAGAAAGUGGCCAGGACCGAGAUAUGCGUAAGUGGAUCGAGAAGAAGAACAAAGCGACGCGAGCGAAACGGAAGAAGGAGGAAAUGACUCGUAUACGUACGUUGGUUGACACUGCUUACAACAUGGACCCGAGAAUAAAAAAGUUCCAGCAGGAGGACAAAGAUAAGAAAACGGCGGCGAAGAAAGCAAAGCAAGAGGCGGCAAAAGCAAGGCAGCAAGAAGAAGAGAGAAUAGCGAGGGACGCUGCAGAGAAGGAAAGACUGGAGAGAGAGAAACGGGAGAUUGAGGAAAAAGCGAAGCUGGACGCGCUUAGACAGGAGAAGGAGGCGCAGAAGAAGGCGCUCCGUAAGGAGAGAAAAGCGCUGAGAGAUUUUUGUAAAGCCAACAAUUACUUUGCCAAGAACUCGGAGGAGAGUAUCAGGCACAUGGAAAGCGUUGAAAAAAUUUGCGAGCUCUUUAAGUUGGUUCAAUUGGAGGAGGCGAUGAAGAAAUUACAAACCGAGGGUAGAACGGCUUUUCUUGGUAUCGUGGAAGAGACUGAGAAGAAAAUAGAAGCUGAACGUAGAGCUGGCGUUAUUUCCAACGAUAUGCGAAACACACCGGAGAAGCAAGUGAAAUCCCAUACUGCUCCAUGGAGUGAGCAAGAUUUACAGCUUUUGAUAAAGGCGGUAAAUUUAUUCCCAGCAGGGACGAAUCAACGCUGGGAGGUAGUUGCCAACUUUAUCAAUCAACACAGUACUUCUUCCACUGGUGUCACGCGCGACGCGAAGGAAGUCCUUGCGAAGGCUAAAGAUCUGCAGUCGACUGACUUCAGUAGAUCCAGUUUAAAGGAGCAAGCAAAUAAAAAAGCUUACGAUAAUUUCAUUGCCGAGAAGAAGACCAAGGAAUCUGUCGAGGAUCGAAUGCCAGCCGUCACGGAACGUUUGGAUCAUCCUGUAUCGAACGGUGUCAGUCUCGAGCAAAAAGAUUUCAAGAAAGAGCCUUGGACACCUGCAGAGCAGAAACUUUUGGAGCAAGCGUUGAAGACUUACUCUACCAGCGUGCCUGACAGAUGGGAUCAGAUAGCAGCGUGUAUUCCAACCAGGACGAAGAAAGAGUGCAUGAGGAGGUACAAGGAGCUGGUCGAACUCGUCAAAGCAAAGAAAGCAGCACAAGUGAUGAAAUAAUAUUAGUUUGCUCUUAACAUGAAAAUUCUUUUUAACUUAUUAAAUUACAAACAAACAAUUGCAAUUGAGUUUGGAAGACGGAUGAAUGUUAGUUUUCACCGAACGUCGGCUAUUGUAUAUACUUGUGCCUUGCUUUAAUUUGUACAUGCACAGUUUGCAACGGUUUUAGAAGUGUUCUGCUAGCUAUACGCAAGAAAGCAAUUACCGCACCUAGUGACUAUAUUUAUCGCAAACAAAUUAACUGCAUGGAAAAUCGUGGUCCCAAGGUUUCGAGUUGACGCUCCCGAAGAUGAACCCUCUUCUUCCCCUCCCCUCUUUUUCCUUUUUUCCUCCCUCUCUCCGUGUAACAACUGUUUUGCAAUCGAGCGAUCGAAAUGUGUUGUAAGUAAUGUAAAAUACGAUACUAGAAAGCAAUCGCCGUUUAGAUCGAAGCGUACAUACUUUAUAUACAUAAAGACGAACGAUAUUUCGAAAA